UAUUUUACCUCUCAAGUCGAGAUGAUGUGUGCAUUUUUGAGUGGAAACAGACAGACUGUGAAGUAGCUGGAGUGGUCAUCACGAAUUGGUUCAAAGACUCUCUCUCUCUCUCUCUCGCUGUCUCUCCUCCAACGAGAGUUCCAGAAGUUUUACCCAUACCUGAGGGCCAAGGAGCACCAUGUCGAAUCCGUGUUCUGGCAUUCUGGAGCUUCUGGGUAUGAUAGUGGGGGUGGGGGCAUGGUUCUGCUCACUUGCUGCAACAAUCAUGCCCAACUGGCUGAGUCUCUCCUCUGAACUGCUGGCUUUGGAGAGCUAUGAACGAGGCCUGUGGGAGACCUGCGUGAUUCAGGAUGGGGCAACCUCCGAGUGUCGUCCCUUCGACACCAUGCUGGGUCUGUCAUACAACCUCACAGUGACACGCAUAUGCAUGUGCAUGUCAGACGCCUUGGCACUCUUGGGCCUCCUGAUCGCUGUCCCAGGUCUGAAACUGGUGAGAAGUUGUGAGGGAUGGUGGGUGAAGCGCGGAAUGAAGAUCACCGCAGGGGUGAUGGGCCUGACAGCUGGCGGCCUUGAACUCUAUGCUGUCUCCACUAUUGCCCAUGAGACUGUUUUGCAGUUCUACGAUCAUACCUUGCCUGAAAGUAUGCCUCGCUGGGAGUUUGGCGACGCGAUAUUCAUCGGCUGGGCUGCAGGUUUUUUUCAUGUUGUUUUUGCAGUGUUGUUCUUCAUCUCAUGUUGUGGGUCAGAAGAGAAUGAAGAAGGAAAAUCAGAUGGUGCAUACUUUGUGUACAAUCCCGAAGAAAAGUUUCAGCCUGUGGAUGGCUCGUCCAGAAAGCGUGUAGAAUAUGUUUAGCAGGAGACAAGAAACAUUCUUAGUGUUUCUAAUGUAACGAGACAGAUGAACUGAUGAAUUUCCCAAUAUAAUGGACACUGAUUUUUCAUUUAUUUGGACACUGCAGUCCAGCUGGUAACUUUGAUUAAAUUUGCUGGUAUGUGUUAAUGUUUUUUGCACUUUGCUCCUAUUAGUAAUAGGUUUUGUUAUCAGCUGGUGUGAAUUAGUUCUCUUAAACUGUAUGUAUAUAUAUAUAUAUGUGUGUGUGUGUGUGUGUGUGUGUGUGUGUGUGUGUGUGUGUGUGUAAACAGUUUAUGAGAUUGCUGAAUGUCUUUCAAGAGACAUUUUCUGAGCUUCCAUCUUGCAGUGCAUAGUGUGCAAUGGUGCAUAUGUGUGUGUGUGUGUGUGUGUGUGUGUGUGUGUGUGUGUGUGUGUGUACAUAUGAAUGUUUGGUGUUGUCUUUAGAUUAUACAACAGCAUAGUUUCAUAUUUACACUGAAAAGUUUUAAGUGUAUUUCUAUAGAUGCUAUCAUAUACUUCAAUAUCAUAUAUUUUAUUAGCUUAUAUAUAAUAAAAAGUCGACAAGAAAAACUACUUGCUGGGAAAAUCCUGUCUUACAAAACCGCUUCAUGUCACUUACAAAUGCAGCACCUGUUCUUAAGUUGUUAAGGGACUAGGAGAAAACUAGCACUUGACAAACAUCUGCUGUUGACCCAUAAUAACACAAGAAACAAAAAGAAAAUGAUGGCACGGUGAUGUAGUGGUUAGCAUUGUUGCCUCACAGUAAGAUGGUUCUAGGUUUGCACCCAGUGGUUGACAGGGGCCUUUCUGUGUGUUUGCAUGUUCUCCCCAUGUCUGUGUGGGUUUCUUCCGGGUGCUCCGGUUAUCCCCACAGUCCAAAAACAUGUGGUUAGGUUAAUUGAUGGCUCUUAAUUGACCAUGAGUAUGAAUUUUUGUUUGUCUCUAUGUGUCAGCCCUGUAAUGACCUGGCGACUUGUCCAGGGUGUACCCCACGUCUCAGCCAUAGUCAGCUGGGAUAGGCUCCAGCUUACCCGCGACCCUGCACAGGAUAAGCGGUUAUGGAUAAUGGAUAGAUGCAUGGACAAAAAGAAAAUGGCUCCCUGAAAGUCAUAUUUUGGUUAAAUGCAUGUGUAUCACUUGUUGAUAAAUUCUACGUGCAAGAAAUGGAGUAGGUUUGGGCAGGGUUUGGAAGAACAGUAAGGGUGCGCUUGAGUCUAAUUACACCUGAUGGCUUCUCCAUAUCAGCAAGUGGAUUAAGCUGCGUUUAAUGAAGCCCCUAACGAAGAGUAUGUCCUAAUGAGGAAUGCCAAAUAAAACCACCCCACUGCCUCCUCUUUCUGUUGAUUAUUUCAAUUUGACCUGAUUAAGGGUACAACUGACCAGUCUAUCCCAGGAAAAAAAAAACUUUUCAGACCCUUCACUCGGCUUUCAAAAACACAUGUGACAUAAAAAAUGAUAGCUGAAUAUUAGUGCAAUACUAGAAAUGUUUGUGUAUGAAAUUGUGUGUGUGUGUGUAUUUUUUCACAGCUUGAAACAAACUUACAUUCCAAGAGAUAAGUGAGCAGCAUGGUAUCUACAGUAUAUUUUGUAUUACUCACACUGAAAGCUUGAAGGAAACAUCUGUCUCAACAAGCAGAUAAUGAGCCUGUAUCAAAAUGUCUGUUUACUCACUGGUAGUGCUUUUAAAAACAUUUUCUGAGGAUCAUAUUUUGACUAAUAAAGCUUUUUCUCCUCAUACAAAUAAAAAUAUCAGGCCAUUUAACCUUGUUGCUUCAUGUUUAAGCUAAAAAAAUAAAAAAUUUUUGUGAUUUA